CAGGAACCCUCACCCAGAACGAGAUGGUGUUUAAGCGGCUGCACCUGGGGACCGUGUCUUAUGGAGCAGACACGAUGGACGAGAUCCAGAGCCACCUCAGGAAUCCAUACUCACAGAUGCAGUCUCAAGCUAGCGGGAACGCUGCCAGUUCAACGCCACCAAGAAAGGCCCAAUCCUCAGCUCCCAAAGUGAGAAAAAGUGUUAGCAGUCGAGUCCACGACGCGGUGAAGGCCAUUGCGCUCUGCCACAACGUGACCCCCGUGUACGAGCCUCGAGCCGGCGUGACCGCGGAGGCCGAGUACGCGGAGGCGGACCAGGACUUCAGCGACGGGAACCGCACCUACCAGGCCGCCAGCCCUGACGAGGUCAGUCGGGGCCUCUUAGGGGAUGUCAGAUACAAACCUGCACCGGAGGCGUGA